GACCAUCUAAACGGCUGGAACUUCAGGGCCAACGUUCUCGUCUGAAGCAUAGGUCCGUGGUCGGCGUGUGGAGUGACUAAAAUGGCUGUCGGGAAACGUCAAUACAUUUUCCAUCAAUAAACCUUAUCGUUUGACGUAUGCUACCGAAAUGGCAGAAUUUGUGCGCGGAGGCCCAAGCGUGUCGAACAGUGCCAAGGUGGAACAUAACAGCAAGGGUGGGUCUCCCAGUACAGGAAGUGAAGAUGGUGGGCCAAAUGAAUCCCUAAAUGUAGAAGAAUUUGAUCCAUUCCUUGAAAACAUACCUGAUGAUCCGCAAGACACUGAGGAACCAGAUAGUGCAAAUGCAACGCUCUUAGCAGCUCCGCCAGAAAAUUUGUGGUAUCAUGGACGUUUGGAUAGAUUCACUGCAGAAGAGAGACUAUGGGAUGCCAGUAAAAUGGGAACUUAUUUAGUGCGUGAAAGUGACAGAAAACCAGGGAGUUAUGUUUUAUCUUACCUGGGAAGAACUGGAAUAAAUCAUUUUCGAAUUACUGCCGUUUGUGGUGACUACUAUAUUGGUGGUCGCCAAUUCAACAGCCUAUCUGAUUUGGUUGCCUAUUACACGCAUUGUUCUGAUCUUCUGAAACGGGAACGCCUCAUGCACCCUACACCUCCACCGGAACCAGUCAAUGACAAAAAACGAAUUGUGGCCAUAUUACCAUAUACCAAAAUGCCGGAUACGGAUGAACUAAGUUUCCAAAAGGGCGAUAUCUUUUUCGUGCACAACGAUAUGGGCGAUGGUUGGCUCUGGGUAACCGCGCACAGGACCGGCGAACAGGGUCUAAUCUUCCGGGAGUUAGUCGAGGAUCUCGACGACUCCAUUGAUCCGAACACAGUCUUUUCCUGGUUUCAUCCAAACGUGACUAAGAGUGAGGCUGUGGAUAUGCUUGUAAAAGCUGGUCCUGGAAGUUUUCUAGUCAGACCCUCCGACAAUAGCCCAGGCGAUUAUUCGCUGUUCUUUCAUAUAAAUAAUCAAAUUCAAAGAUUUCGUAUAGAGAAGAAGGGAGUCCGAUACCUGAUGGGUGGCAGAACGUUUGAAUGUCUCGAUGCAGUUAUCAAUAGAUAUCGUAAGGAGCAGAUAGUAGAAGGACACACCUUGGUCCAGGCGAUGGUUACUGAGCCUGAUGGAAGUGUCAGAGUAAAUAAAGAAGUUCAGCAUGCAGAGAAGAUCUACGCGACACUAAGAGAGUGUCGGGAGCAAUCAGGUGCAAAAAAGAACAAGGGUAUAAAGAUGCAAGGUUAUCUCGAGAAGAAAUCAGAAAAGAAUAAAAAAUGGAAGGCGCUGUACUUCGUCCUCCUCGUGGACGCUACCGAUACACACCUGUAUUUAUACGACAAUCCUAAAAGAACCAAGCCUAAGGGUCUUAUAGACCUAAGCUGUGCCUACUUGUACCAGGUUCACGAAAGCGUUUUCGAUAGACCACAUUGUUUUCAAUUGGUCGAACGCGCCCUGCCAUGCCUGGCUACUAUAACUUACUUAGCCGCUCCAAAUUCGGAGAACGCCCUCGACUGGAUAAACGCAUUGAAGCCGCUCUGCGUUUCACAGCUCACCAGGGCACCGAAAGUCGCCCGACUACGGGAGCUACGUUCAUUACACCUGCACAUUCUCGAUGCUCACAGACUGCCCUAUAAACUAGUGCCGAAUCCAUUUAUAAUAGUAGCACUAAAUAAUGUUAAGGUAGCACGCACAAAAGUCAAAACCGGCUUGCAUCCACUCUGGGACGAGGAAUUCAUUUUGGAGGAUGUACCCCCGGACGUUAUGUCGUUCACGUUGACUCUGUAUAACAAGGGAAAGCGCAGUAAGGAUACUGAGGUAGCUGAAGUCACUGUGGAAUUGGCGAACUUAUCUAAUGGAGAGGAAAUGGAUGAAUGGUACCCUCUUUCCGGUGUCACACCAAUCGGGGAAUGGGGAGCGUUACGUUUGCGUUUAAGAUACAGGCAUGACUUAGCAAUGCCUCCAGAAGAAUACAGUCCUCUGCAACAAUUACUCUUGGACCCCGAAUUGCACGUCGUUAGAGCCUUGGCUGAUGUUUGCCAUUUAGACAAAGUACCACUGGCCAAUAGUCUCCUUCGAAUAUUUAGGCAUGAAAGGAAAGAAGCCGAUCUUCUACGAUCGCUCAAUCAGGCUGAGGUCGACAAAGAAGAUGAAACGCCCACAUUGUUCAGGGCUGCAAGUCUUACCACAACGUUAAUGGACCUGUACAUGAAAUCUGUGUGUACCUCAUUUUUAAAGGCUGCACUGCGUGACACGAUAGUCAAAUUGAUUGAGAGUAAACAGAGCUGUGAAUUAAAUCCGACAAAAAUGGAUUCGCCCGAAGAUGCUUGCAGCAAUGCGGAAUUUCUCUUACAAGUACUGGAUGAAGUGACUCUAAGUAUCUUUACGAGUCCGGACGCUUGUCCGAAGACGCUUCGUUACAUCUGCGGCUGUUUGCAAAGAGCCGUAGUCGCAAAAUGGCCUCACGAAAGAUUAGUUAGGACGAGGGUAGUCAGUGGUUUUAUAUUUUUACGUCUACUCUGUCCUGCCAUAUUGAAUCCACGGUCCUUCAAUCUCAUAGCAGAGCCACCACCUCCGGCAGCCGCAAGGUCUCUGGUGAUGGUAGCCAAGUGUUUGCAAAAUCUCGCAAACUUGGUAGAGUUUGGCGGUAAGGAACCUUACAUGGAAGUGGUGAAUCCAUUUAUACUCAAGAACAAGGAAAGAAUGGUGGUAUUCCUGGAUCAGUUAUCUAAUGUUACUGAGAAGCCAGAAUCUGAAGGUACAGAUUCCAGAGGUAAAAGUACAUGCCUCUCAGAUACAGCAAGAGACUUGGCAACGUUGCAUCACAUUUGUGUCUCUCAUUUGAAGGAACUUCAGGUUCUGUCAAAGACCCAGCCGACGAUAAAGCAGCUGGUGACUGUGACGGAAAUGCUAAGCAAACACAAGCAGAAAUACAUGGAGAUGAUACGGUAGUGCCGAAGCGUUUUCAGCGAUGAGAAAUGCCAAACACGACAAAAAUGCAGUUAAUAAGAGUUAACUUGGAUAAAUAACGUACAGUAGUAUUUAACGAUGAACAUCACGACUAAGCGAUUUAAGUAAUUAAACGUAACAGACUGACGUGCCAUAUAUACUAUUGUAUACCUAUAUACAUAACACUCAUUACACCUAACAUGCAACACAAUACACACAGUGACAGAGAUGAAGAAAAAGAAAUUGAGAGCGCACACUUAUAAUAUACAGAACCAUGAACACACAGUUUAAGAAGAGAUACGAUGAAGACACUUACUCAGAGACACAAGCCUACAUUUACUAUUUCAUAUGCAAUUAGAAGAUAGUUUAUAUACGUAUAGCGACUGUAAUGUGACAGUGAUAUAGCUAUAUACAGAAUCAUAUGGGCGUAUGACAAUUUUAUAUCCACUUAGGUGCUCCAAAAUAAAUACAAAUCAAAAUAAAAA